GGGGUCCUGAGUGUAAAAUACGCGGAAGCGGACAGGCGGAAGGAGCCUCGGCGGAAGCGGUCUGAUCUGUCAAGGCAGGAAAAAAAUAUAUAUUUGGCAGAAUUUGACACAAAGAGGUUAAUCCCACCGAAUAGCACCGACCAUCCCCCCGUUUUCCUCGACACCGGCGUCCGCUGCGAUGAUCCUGUUAGAAAUCAAUAACCGUAUUAUCGAAGAGACGCUGUCGUUGAAGUUCGACGGCGCAGCCAACGGAACCAAGCCGGAGGCCGUUGAUGUGACGUUUGCAGAUUUCGAUGGCGUCUUGUACCACAUCUCCAACCCCAAUGGGGAAAAGACCAAAGUGAUGGUCAGCAUCUCCCUGAAGUUCUACAAGGAGCUGCAGGAGCAUGGGGCCGACGAGCUUCUCAAGAGGGUCUAUGGGAAUUUCCUGGUUUCAGAAGAGGAUGGCUACAACGUGUCCCUCCUCUACGAUCUGGACGCGCUACCGGCCAACAAAGACGACGUGGUCCACCAGGCGGGCAUGCUCAAGAGGAACUGCUUCGCCUCGGUGUUCGAAAAGUACUUCAAGUUCCAGGAAGAGGGCAAAGAGGGCGAGAAGAGGGCCGUGGUCCACUACAGAGACGACGAGUCCAUGUAUCUGGAGGCCAAGAAAGACAGAGUGACGGUCGUGUUCAGCACGGUGUUCAAAGACGACGACGAUGUCAUCAUCGGCAAAGUUUUCAUGCAGGAGUUCAAAGAGGGUCGGCGAGCCAGCCACACGGCCCCCCAGGUGCUGUUCAGCCACAGGGAGCCCCCACUGGAGCUGAAGGACACAGACGCCGCUGUGGGGGACAACAUUGGAUACAUCACCUUCGUUCUGUUCCCACGCCACACCAACAUCAAUGCCAGAGACAACACCAUCAACCUCAUCCACACCUUCAGGGACUACCUGCACUACCACAUAAAGUGCUCCAAGGCCUACAUUCACACGCGCAUGAGGGCCAAGACGUCGGACUUCCUCAAGGUGCUGAACCGCGCUCGACCCGACGCCGAGAAGAAGGAGAUGAAGACCAUCUCUGGAAAAACGUUCUCCCGCUGAGGCUGACCACGCCCCCCCCCCCCACCCCUCCUCCCCCGUGGACGCGAGCCCCAAACGCGCUCCACUGAGACUCGACGCCACAUCGGACAGGACUCUUCUCAAUGCUCCUCUCAAGCCCCCCCCCCCCCCC